AUGGAGUUGAAUCCUAUGCAAGUUGCCUUAAAUACUGUUAGGACAUUAAGAUUGGAGCUAAUGCAGCUUAUUCUUGAAAUUGGUGAAGGAGUAAAAGAUGAUGGUUCACAAACAGACUCAAAAGAUAAUCGUUAUAUGUAUUCUAUGAAUGAAAUGGUUGGAAAACUUGGACUUCAUAUGAGGGAUCUUGAGCAAGUUGUUGGGUCCUUAUCUAGUCCUCCGGGUGCUAUGUUAUUAUAUAACACAUCAUUUUUAACGCAAGAAAGCACAUCUGAUCGACAAGCAUUGUACACUCCUCUUGUGUCUUCUCAUAAAUGGCUUGACAAAGUACAUAAAUUCAGUUCAAAUGCUGUACAAAUUUUAAGUCAUAAUUCAUUAAAAAAAUCGUAUUACAAUUCCAGUUCGAAUAAGAAGAAAAGACAACAGUCUAGUUUGCAUAAUAUAUCACCACAAGCUGUUGAUGUACUACUGACUAAUAUUGAUCGGAUGUUUCCUGAUAUGAGUAUUACAAUAACGAGGCCUUGUGCAUCAAAUGUUGUUCUAUUGGUUGGCUUAGGUAGAGUUUUACAAGCUAUUAUAUCAUUUAAAGGAGUUAUGAUUGAAUGGGUUAUUGUUAAAGGAUUUAAUGAGCCUAUUAACCCUAAUAGUUUACAACAAGAGCUUUGGCAAGAAUCAAGAUAUUAUGUUUUUCGUAAGAUAACUGAUCAUGCUAAUGCAGCUAUGUUACAUUUUUCUUCACCAACAUUGCCAGAUCUUUCAGUUCGAUCAUUCAUGACUUGGCUCAAUAGUUAUUUGAUAUUAUUCAAUUCAGUAUGUAAAGCAUGUGGAAAUCGAUUGCUUAAUGCAUACCCACCAACUUGGAGAGAUCUACGAUCAUUAGAUACAUACCAUUAUGAAUGUAAACCAUAAUAUUAUAUUUAAAUUAAUCAUUCAAAAUAUUUUUUAAUAUCCUAACUUAAGAAUAAAAUUAAUUGUACCUUUAUUGAGUAAAAUAAAUGUAGCUUAUGAUAUUUAAUGUGAAUACAUUACUAAACUGCUUUAUGAAUAAUUCAAUGAUAAAGUUUUUUUUUACAUUCGAAUCUUUGAUUUUUCUCUUUUUUUUACCUUUUAUUAUAUCUUAAGUUCUUAAUUAUUGAUGUUUUGUCAAAUUUGAUUAAAAUUUUCUCUCAUGGUUUUGAUGUUGCAUGUUACUAGUAACUUUUACUAGUAUAGUAGUACGUAUUAAAUAGUAACUAGUAGUUGUAUGAACAGUUUCGGCCUAGCCCAGGUAACUAGGAGACAAUUGCCUCAGAGGCUCCAACCAGUUGUUCAAGAUGAGUCUUAAUAAUGUAAAAUAAAACAAUAGUUCAUAAAAGUAGUGUCAGUUAAAGUGAAUAUGAAUUACCUAAAAACACCGAUUGUAAUAAAUUGAUAUACGCAAUAAUUAAUAGUAUUAUUAUAUUUAAACUCCUACAUUGUAACUGCUGUUUGCAUAUAUUUAAGUUGAACUACAUAAAAGCUGCCAAAAAAGAAAA